AUGGAGGCCCGGCGGUCCCUAGCCGAAUUAGAGGCCGAUCUCGCUAUCCUAGCCGGGAAGUCAAUGCCGGAGGCGUACAACACCGUGCUGUGCCUCUCCCAGAGCGUGGUCAUAGACGACCCUGAUGUGAGGGGAUGCGUUGUCGACGUGGCUGGCAUGGCACUUCUGGAUAGUGGAGACUGGGAAAUCCACGUCCUACCAAGUAAUAUCUCUGCCCGGGCAGGCUACCUUCUAAAGCGUUAUCCUGGCUCGACGCUCAACACGCAUCAUGACCCUCAGGUGCCUCUCCCAGAGGUCAUGGCAUAUUUUGGACCCCGCAGGGCCUCGGAGUUGCACACCAUUUAG